AUGGUCGUAGGCCUAGCUUUAAGGAAGAGGAAGAAUGCUUCUCGGUCCCCCCAUGCAAAUGCUCAAACAAUAAUGGAAACACAUACAAAAAGAGAGGGAGAGAGAGAGAGAGAGAGAAAGAGAGAGAGAAAGAGAGAGAGAGAGAGAGAGAGAGAGAGAGAGAGAGAGAGAGAGAGAGAGAGAGAGAGAGAGAGAGAGAAGCAUGAUCCAAAAAAAUGA